AAUUCCAAAUUCCAAAUUGAUAAGUUAAGUGCCGGUGAAUUUCACGCUCCUGGGAUUCGUCUGAUAACCUCCCUUAUAUUACAGCAUAUCUCUAGGCGAUGCCAGGACACUGCUUGCUCCGUCGUCUCUUUUCCCAACACUCUUCACUCUCUCACUAGAGUCAUAGACUUUACCCUACGUGAAGGGAGCAAAUAAUCGCUCUGAGACGCCAUGAAAGUACAGGAAAACGACGACUCAAUUUCUCUUUCGAAUCGUCUUUUGGUUUCCCUUUCGGAGCAAACCCAAAACAUCAGCAACUUCAAAGGAAAAUGGGCUUUGAUCAAGUCAAAGCUUUCUGUUCUUAAGGCCCAACUCGCCGACUUCUCCGACUUUCCCGCUUCUUCCUCUAACCCUCUCGCCGUCGACCUCCUUCAUUCCAUCUCCCACACCUUGAACGACGCCGUCUUGCUUUCCCGGAAAUGUCAAAGCGCCGUUUUGACCGAGGGAAAACUCAAGACUCAGAGCGACAUCGACGUCGUUUUGGCUAAAUUAGAUCGACAUAUCAAAGAUAGCGAGAUUUUGAUUCGGAGUGGGGUCCUCCAAGACGGCGCCGUUUCAACUUCUUCAUCGAAGAAAGAAGCAGUACGAGUUGAGUCGAGGAACUUGAUUACUCGGUUACAAAUUGGAAACAUCGAGUCGAAGAACUCAGCCAUGGACUCGCUUUUAGGCUUACUCCAAGAGGACGACAAAAACGUGAUGAUAGCCGUGGCGCAGGGGGUGUUUCCCGUGCUCAUGUGCUUACUGGAUUCGAGCUCUUUAGAAAUGAAAGAAAAGGCGGUUGCUGCCAUUUCGAGUGUAUCAACGGUGGAAUCAAGCAAACACGUGUUGAUCGCUGAAGGGCUGUUGCUUUUGAACCAUCUGCUUCGAGUUAUUGAAUCAGGAAGCUGUUUCGCUAAGGAAAAAGCUUGCAUUGCUUUACGAGCGUUAAGCUUUUCAAAAGAAAACGCCAGAGCAAUUGGUUCCAGAGGUGGGAUUUCGUCUCUUUUGGAGAUUUGCCAAGCUGGCACUCCGGGCUCUCAAGCUUUUGCAGCCGGCGUUUUGAAAAAUUUAGCUUCUUUUCAUGAAAUUAAAGAGAAUUUUAUUGAAGAAAACGCGGCUUUUGUUUUAAUCAGGCUUGCUGCUUCGGGCACUGCCGUAGCACAAGAAAAUUCAAUUGGCUGUUUAUGUAAUUUGGUUUCUGAUGAUGAAACUUUGAAGCUUUUGACUGUUAAGGAAGGUGGAAUUGAAUGUUUGAAGAAUUUCUGGGAUUCAUCUCCGAAUCCAAAAACUCUUGAAGUUGCAGUCGAGUUAGUCAGGCAUUUAGCUUCAUGUCCCCUUAUUGCAGAAGCUCUGGUUGCUGAUGGUUUCGUUGCACGGCUCGUGGCUGUUCUAAACUGUGGGGUUUUAGGGGUAAGAAUUGCGGCUGCUAGAGCUGUUUACGAGCUUGGGUUUAACUCGAAAACAAGGAAAGAAAUGGGUGAAUGUGGAUGUACUGUAGCAUUGAUUAAAAUGUUGGAUGGGAAGGCUGUUGAAGAAAAAGAAGCUGCUGCAAUGGCUUUGUCAACGCUCGUCUUGUACGCCGGUAACAGAAAGGUUUUCCAAAGGGAUGAGAGAGGGAUAAUAAAUGCUGUGCAGUUAUUGGAUCCUUUGAUACAGAAUUUGGAUAAAAAAUACCCUGUUUCGAUCUUGUCAGAGCUUGUGCAUUCUAAGAAAUGUAGGAGGCAAAUGGUUGCUGCUGGUGCUUGUGUGUACUUGCAGAAACUUCUGGAGAUGAAUGUUGAAGGGGCUAAAAAGCUGUUGGAGAAUCUUGGUCGGAGUAAGAUUUGGGGUGUUUUUGCCAGAUCAUAGCAAUGGAAGAUAUCUACAAAAUGGGGGACAUGGAACUGUAUGUAGAAUAGUUGUGUUUUUACUUUGAUUUCUUUUUCAUUUCCUUGUUCAUAGUGGAUGUUGAUUUACUUAGAAUUAGAGUACAUCUUUGUUAGUGUAAUUGCUGAUGGGAAAAACUCUUUGGAGUUUCAAGUUUGUAGAGACAUGAUCUUGGUUUGGUGACCUAAUUAGGCUGGCGUUCAAUUUUUAAUUCAAUGAUUUCACAGCUAUGUGUGAACUCAUGGUUUUGUUUUUACUAUUUUCUCGAGUUUUUAUUGACUUCACAAAGGGGUUGUUGCUGAUGACUAAGUCCUAACUGAAUCAAGUGUAUAAUAUUGAUUCUGCUAGCCUAGGUCGCUUUCUUUUAUAAUUUCUUAGGCGUUUGAUGCACAUAUUAACCAUUUUCUGCCCAUGUUGGAUGCUCGGAAAU